UUUAAGCAAAAGAUAAUCAAAAAUUUUUUUCUUGCACAGGAUUUACAUCGGUGUUACGAUCGCUAACUUAAAAAACCCGGAGUGAUUCAACUUAACUGUCAAAAACUUUUUGGACGAACCUUUUUUUUUAAAAAAAAUCUCAAAAUGCCGAUUACUAAGAUUCAUGCACGUCAAAUCUUUGACUCCCGUGGUAACCCUACUGUUGAAGUAGACCUUGUCACUGAAAAAGGUACUUUCCGCGCUGCUGUACCUUCUGGAGCUUCAACUGGUGUUCACGAAGCUUUGGAACUUCGUGACGGCAUCAAAACAGAAUACGUUGGAAAAGGUGUUUUAAAAGCUGUUGCCAAUGUUAAUGAAAAGAUUGCACCAGCGUUAAUUGAGGCUAAUUUGGAUAUUAAAGAUCAAAAUGCCGUUGAUGACUUUCUCUUGAAAUUGGAUGGAACCAAGAAUAAAUCAAAAUUCGGUGCUAAUGCAAUUCUUGGAGUAUCUCUUGCCGUUGCUAAAGCCGCAGCUGCUGAAAAGGGCAUUCCGCUCUAUCGACAUAUUGCAGAACUUGCUGAAAGUAAAAAGCCAUUUGUUCUUCCAGUUCCAGCCUUUAAUGUAAUUAAUGGAGGAUCUCAUGCUGGUAAUAAACUUGCUAUGCAAGAAUUUAUGAUUCUUCCAACUGGUGCAAAAUCUUUUUCAGAAGCUAUGAAAAUUGGUUCAGAAGUUUAUCAUACAUUGAAGUCCGUAAUCAAAGCUAAAUAUGGUCAAGAUGCUACUAAUGUUGGGGAUGAAGGUGGCUUUGCUCCUAACAUCCAAGACAAUAGAGAAGGUCUUGAAUUACUUAAGGAAGCCAUUGCAAAAGCUGGUUAUACAGAGAAAGUGAAGAUCGGUAUGGAUGUAGCUGCCUCUGAGUUCUAUAAAGAUGGUCGUUAUGAUUUGGACUUUAAGAAUAAAGAUUCUGAUGAGUCUAAAUGGCUCUCUGGAACUGAUCUUGCUAAGUUAUACGUAGAUUUCAUUAAGGAAUAUCCAAUUGUUUCGAUCGAAGAUCCUUUUGAUCAAGAUGAUUGGGAUGCUUGGAGUCAUCUCGUUUCUUCGGUUGAUAUUCAAAUUGUUGGUGAUGAUUUGACUGUAACUAAUCCAGAAAGAAUCGCCACGGCCAUUGAAAAAAAGUCUUGUAACGGUCUUCUUUUGAAGGUAAAUCAAAUUGGUACCGUCAGUGAAUCUAUAAAGGCGGCUAAAUUAUCUCAAAAUGAUGGAUGGGGCGUUAUGGUUUCCCAUCGUUCAGGUGAAACCGAAGAUACUUUUAUUGCAGAUCUCGUUGUUGGUCUUCGUACUGGACAGAUUAAAACAGGAGCCCCUUGUCGUUCGGAACGUUUAGCAAAAUAUAAUCAAUUAUUACGUAUUGAAGAAGAAUUAGGUUCCGACGCUAUUUAUGCUGGUGAAAAGUUUAGAAGUGCUCAUUUGUUGUAGGAAUCUUAGGAAUUUGAUCUCUAAUAGUAGUACAAAACAUUUAUAUUUAUUUUAUUAAAGUAAUGAAAUAGUCAUUAUUUAAAUAUCUUUUCUAUAUAAAAAUAUAAAGUUGUCAGACAAUAAAAUGGUCCAAUUUAUUGCGAUAAAAAAAUCAAAUUUGAAGUUUUUAAUAUCAAGUCACUAAUA